GUACCCUUAUUCCCAAGUCAGCUUCAUCUCUUUGGGCCUUGGCAAUUGUCAUCAUCUCCUCCUUUGGGCUUCGGCACAGGCUGCCCUGAGCGGAUUCCGUACGAACCCAACCCAAAGCAUAUCUUCAAAAUGAGUCAAACGGCGGCUGGAGCUCGAUCCAGAGAAUCAGAGAUGGCGAGCUGGAAUUGGGAAGAGACGGUGAGAAAGGCGGAGGAGUUGGUCGUAAAAUCCAUGAAAGGCAAUGACGCAUCACACGACCCAGCCCACGUCUGGAGGGUCAGAGACCUCGCACUCUCUCUUGCUCGCGAAGAACAAGCCCUCUCCUCCAACUCCGACUCCAUGCAAAUAGUAGAACUUGCUGCACUCCUCCAUGAUAUAGGUGAUUAUAAGUACUUGAGAGAUCCUUCGGAGGACAAACUUGUUGAGCACUUUCUUAUUGACUCGGGCAUAGAGGAGAGCAAGAAAACAAAGAUUAUAAAGAUCAUCAAUGGAAUGGGGUUUAAAGAUGAGCUGGCUGGGCUGACAAAUGGUGAUCUUCCUCUAGAAUUUGGGGUUGUACAAGAUGCUGAUCGGCUUGAUGCAAUUGGUGCUAUAGGAAUUGCUCGUUGCUUUACUUUUGGAGGAAGUAGGAACAGAGUGCUACAUGAUCCUAACAUUCAGCCACGAUCUGAUUUAUCCAAGGAAAAGUACAUGAAAAAAGAGGAGCAAACUACCGUUAAUCAUUUUCAUGAGAAGCUUCUCAAGCUAAAGGAUCUGAUGAAAACAAAGGCUGGACGGAAGAGAGCUGAGAAAAGGCACAAGUUCAUGGAGGAGUUUCUUGUAGAGUUCUAUGAAGAGUGGGAUGGGAGAGCUUGAAUGAGGUGACUUUUCUUACUGAUGUUUCCCUAGAUGAAAUUUUGAAGCAUUCUUAAAGUUCCAAAAGGACUCGAGCAAUGGAACUAUGCUAAAAAAAUAUUCAAUUGUCUCAUGGAUCCUGCUUCAAGAUGUGUGCGGGGUACACGUAGGGGUGACCUUAUGCUACAACUGUAAGUCUGUAAUGCAUAACAAGUUCAUGCCGAUGGGGAGUGCAGGUAAAUUUGAAACAUUCUACAACCUUUCUUUUCUCUGGUUUGAUGAAACUUUGUUGAGUGUUGUAUGAUAAAUAUGAUGCAUUUGAUACGCACUUGAUUCUAUCAAUGCAUCCUAUUACCCAUUUGAUAUGCUUAAGGUGUAUAUGUAAUGCCAUUUCUCUCCUAGUCAGUGAUAGUGAACUCAGGGUUCAGUGUCUGGCUUCCCUAUGAGAACUCAA